AACAAGCACCAACGACCAGAGCACAGGACCGUCGUGAUAGAAGAGAUCCUCCAGCUCAGAAUCGGUGCAGAGUCGCCUUCACACUCAAUAUCCUCUAUUCUUGUCUUACGCACACUAUGAAGCCCUUCAGAAGAAGAUCGAUACAAUGUAUACUUCCAUUGGCCCUGCUCGGCACUCAAUGUGUCAAUGCGGUCAGCCUCGACCUCUCAGACACCGACUCCAUAAAGUCAGCAAGCAAGAUCAUUGCUGAUGAGAUGGUCUCCUACUACACUGGCUACCGACCCGGAGAUGUCGCUGGAAAUCUACCAUCACCAUACUACUGGUGGGAAGCAGGUGCAAUGUUUGGAAGCCUAAUAGACUACUGGUACUUUACCGGAGAUGAUACCUACAACAAUAUCACCACCCAAGCUAUACUUCACCAAACCGGAUCUGACAACGAUUUCAUGCCUCCGAAUCAAACCAAGACCGAAGGAAAUGACGACCAAUCUUUCUGGGGAAUGGCAGCUCUCUCAGCCGCCGAGAACAACUUCCCAAACCCUUCAAGCGACGAACCACAAUGGCUUGCUCUGGCGCAGGCGGUCUUCAAUACACAAGCAGCUCGUUGGGAUACCAGUACAUGCGCAGGUGGGUUGAGAUGGCAGAUCUUCACCUUCAACAGUGGUUACAACUACAAAAACACCAUUUCGAAUGGCUGCUUCUUCAAUAUCGGUUCUCGCCUAGCAGUGUACACUGGCAAUCAAACCUAUGCCGACUGGGCCGAAAAGGCGUGGGAUUGGGUCAGUGCCAUCGGUCUCAGGGAUGCGGACUACAAUUUCUACGAUGGGAGUGACGAUACCAUCAACUGCAGUCAGAUCGAUCACGAUCAGUGGACGUACAAUGCAGGGACUUUCUUGAUCGGUGCUGCAAAUAUGUACAAUUUUACGAAUGGAAGCUCGGUCUGGGAAGAGCGACUCAAUGGCAUCAUUGGUAACCUGAAAGUCUUCCUGAAGAACGAUAUCAUGUAUGAGGCAGCAUGCGAAGCUGCUGGCACUUGCGAUACAGAUCAACAAUCGUUCAAGGCUUACCUUGCGAGGUGGAUUGCUGCAGCCAUUGUGAAAGCGCCUUUUACCUAUGACUCUUUGAAGCCGAUUCUUGAAGCAUCCGCCACCGCUGCUGCUGCCACCUGCACAGGAGGCACGAAUGGCACUUCAUGUGGAAAUAAAUGGUACACAGGAUCUUAUGAUGGGACCACUGGAGUUGGCGAACAGAUGUCAGCCCUGGAAGUCAUACAAUCGAACCUGCUCACGGUAGUCGCUGCACCUGUCACAGAAGACAGUGGAGGCACGAGCAAGGGCGAUUCCAGCGCCGGUAGCACCAGUGAUAUUGAUCAAUCAGAUUUGGACAAGUCGGUGGUCACAACCAAGGACAGAGCUGGAGCGGCUUUGCUGACAGUGUUGAUAUGUUUCGUCAUGAUUGGUGGCGCUCUGUGGAUAAUGAUUUGAAGUUGACGGUUUCUUCAACAGCGCCACGGUAUCGGUACCAGAGGCGCAUCGUGCUGCUAUGAUUGACGAGCAGAUGAAAACGGCGUUGACUGGACUUUGUGAGAGUACUUGGGCUUGCAUU